AUAUGUACCUCGUAUCUAUUUCAACUGCCAAACCCUACAUAAAAAGAAAUCUCUUCUUUGCUUAGUAGCUCAGCUCAAUGAGAAUCAUAGCUUGUGUCCUGAAAGAUUCAAGUAGCAAAAUCAUCCAAAAUAGAUGCAAACAACCGGUACUGUCACAUCAUAGUAUCAAUUUUUAGUAUAACGAACUGGGUUUAUCUCAAAACAUGAAAACAAAUCAAGUUCGCUUUCUGGGUCUGAUUCUUGUACUACUUGCAGUUGUUAUCUGCUCUCUUGCUGAUUCAAAGGAAAGUGCAAGCACUGGUUUAAAUCCGAAAGUGGAUGUUACUACUAAUAGUUCAAAAGGAGCAGGAGGGUCAAACCUAGAAACCAAUUCUACUGAGGAUGAUAAAGGAAAGGAAAAGGGAGGUCAAGAUGAUAAAUCUAAGGAGAGUAUUGCUGAUGAUGUGAAUAAGAAUAAGAUGGAUAGCCAAUCUGGGUCCAAAGAUAAUGAUAAUGCGAAGGAGGGUAAGGAUAAGUCAAGUGAGGAAUCUCAAGCAAAGAAGGGUGAUCAUAGUAAAAAGGAGUAUUCGAGUAGCGGGGUAGAAUCCAAGGAUUCGUCUAAAGAGAAGAACGAUAAAGGGGAUACUCAGUCGAGGAAGGAGGGUCCUCGUGUUGAAGAAUGUGAUCAAUCUAAUAAGUGCACGGAUGAGGAGAACAAGUUGGUUGCUUGUUUAAGAGUCCCAGGAAAUGUUCUAUUUCUAGAAUCUCCAGAUCUUUCACUGUUAAUUCAGAACAAGGGGAAAGGCUCGCUUAGUAUUACAAUUUCCGCUCCAGAUUUUGUUCAACUAGAGAAAACAAAAAUCCAACUCAAAGAAAAAGAAGACAAAAAGGUGAAGGUUGAUAUAAAGGAUGUUUUGAGAGGAAGUGAAAAUUUGAUUGUUUUGCGAGCGGGUAAUGGUCAGUGCAAACUUGAUAUAAAGGAUACAAUUGCCCACUAUUUUGGAAAGGAGUUCGACAAGUCUCACAAGUCUACCGAUAUAAUAAACUUCAUGUCACGAACGUCCACCAUUGUUGUUUUAUCCUUCGCUGCACUGCUGAUCCUGGCAUCAGGUUGGAUUUGCAUCAGCUUCCGAAGGAAGCACCCAUCCAACAAUACCUCUAAAUAUCAAAGGCUAGAGAUGGAGUUGCCGGUGUCAGGAGAGGGAAAGACAGAGUCUGAAACCAAUGAUGGAUGGGAUAAUAGUUGGGGAGAUGAUUGGGACGACGAAGAGGCACCUAAGGCACCCUCCUUACCUGUUACUCCCAACCUUUCAUCCAAAGGCCUUGCUUCGCGACGUUUGAGCAAGGAAGGGUGGAAAGAUUAGUUGUCUAGGUUGAUGUAAACUUUCAAACAGGGAAAAGAAGACGGAUUCCUAUAGUUUGUUUUCAUCAAAAGAAAUUUCCCCUCAUUUGUUCGCAGGCAGCAAUUUUCUCUCGCCGCUGAUGUACAAACUCAAAAAAUGUCUUGCGUUCGUUUGGUCUUUUCUUAGAGCUCCAAUUUUAUGCUU